AUGCAUGAGGCAGUCAUUGCCCCCUUCUUUGUAAUUUGCUAUUCAAUUCUCGCUGCUGUUGGUGGCCCUGCCAACUUGCUGGCGAUCAUAAUUCUAUCUCAUGGAAGAUGCGGUCUCUCCCGAUGCAUCACCUACUACCUGGUGGCAAUUGCGGUGAGUGACUUCCUUGUCAUCACCAACGCAGUUAUCCUCAAUCGAAUCAGCCGCUUCUAUUUUCGGCAAAGUGUCUUGUCCACCACUCCUGUGUGCACUCUCAGUGUCAUAUUGGUCUAUGCUACACUCGACUGUUCGGUCUGGCUGACAGUCGCCUUUACCAUCGACCGUUUUGUGGCCAUCUGCUAUCAGAGACUGAAGACAAGAUACUGCACCAAGAAAACUGCAUCGCUCGUUAUUGGAAUGAUCUGUGUCCUGAGUUGCAUCAAGAACGCUCCUUUCUACCUUGCAUUCCAGCCCUUGUUCAUUUUGGACGGGAUACCCUGGUUUUGUAACGUCAAAGCAAACUUCUAUACCUGGCCAGUCUGGCAGUUUCAUGAUUGGUUGUUUCGGGUCUUGAACCCUUUUCUCCCGUUCUUCCUCAUUCUGUUGCUCAACGUCCUGACCAUAAGACACAUCCUAGCGGCCAACAGGGCCCGCAGGAGGCUCUGUGGUGCUGCUAAGGGACAAGAUCCAGAGAUGGCUAAUCGCCAGAGGUCCAUUGCCUUACUUUUUGCCAUCUCUUUAAGCUUCCUACUCAUGUGGUCUCCUCUUCUCGUACAUUUUAUAUAUGUGCGGAUUAAAGAUGAGAGUUACUUUAGUGGGCUGGAUUUCAGUGAUCCGUUGUAUACCUUUGAAGAGACGACCAACACACUCCAGAUACUUAGUUCUUGCAACAACGUCUUCAUCUAUAUGGUCUCUCAGAACUUGUUUCGAAAGCAGAUGAAGAAAAUUCUAAUAUACCCCUUUGUCACCCUCGCCAGGUCCUUUAAACGAUGA